CUGGUUUAAGCUGCUGGAGCUGUCAAAUUUCGGUGGGGUCAAGCUUGCGUUAUCGAUAACCUUAUCGAGACGUCCCUCUUUCGUCAUGCGGCUUGUGUGGCCAGGAGGGUUCUCGCGUGGCCAACAGAAACUUUGGAGCAAACGCGUGGCACUUCAUACAAGAAUCGUGUCAAUUGAUCACCUCGAGUUUUUUUAAACAGCAAACAGAAAUUGCCAUCAAAUGCUCAAAUAAACGCGGCGAAUCAUCACCAUGCACGACAACCGCUCCCACCCCUUCCUCCAACAAGUCCCCCUCACCGUCUCCCCCUUUGUCAACCUCCCUACGGCAACCACGCUCCCAUACACAUACAAGCCCAUGCCUUCCGCCCUCCCCCCAUCAGCCUCGGGCAUCACAUCAGACUCGGCCGCUGGGGGCCCAGAACCGAAAUAUGUCGUCUCACCGUCUGGGCACGCGGCCCAUCCAAACGAUAUUAUCGCCUCUUGUCGAGCACUGCGAGACCACAUUGCCAAACUCACGGCUGAUGCGGAGGCGGAGAUCAAAGCGAUAGAUGAGAGGAUAAAGGCUGCUGAGCUGGCUGAGAAGAGGAGGCUAGCACCUGGUUGGCUGGAUAGUGAUGUAAGGGUUCUUCAGCCGGAGAGAAAGAGUGUUGCGCCUGAUGGGUCUGGUAUAGAGGGCUUUGGGCAGUUGAGUCUUGGGGAAGGUGGUGAUGGGGAGGGAAAUACUAGUCAACAGCAGCAAGGGCAUGGGCCAGGAGGGGCGAGUGAGAUGGCGGUGCCGGAUGAGGGGGAGGAGCUGGAUAGGGCUUUUGGGAAGCUUGGGAUGGGGGACCCCAAGUGAUGUUGGCUAGUUAUGAUACAUGAUAUUGCUUGGAUACGCAGCGUGAUGAUGCGAGGGAGGGUUCAAGGCUCUACCCUAACCCUGGCAGCGGUGGUGGAGCUACCCCAGAAAGUCCACAGCUUGGCAUUGCCGCCUCUCCGUUGGACAGAUCAGAUACCCAAAAGUUGCUUCAAAAUAUUCUCAGCAUCAAUUUUCUCUAAAUUUGCGCAUCCACCCUCCUGUCCGUCAUAUCAAGAAUUGAUCAGCCCAAAUUUGUGACGUUAACAUACCC